AUGAAACCACCUGAAAUGCCUGAUUUUUUCUGCGCUGAUAUUUUUUUCAAAAAGAUUAAGAUUAAAUUUUCUGAUGAAAUGGAAAUUUUAAUAUUCCUCCAUUCGAUCCCUUCAAUGGAACUUCAGGUAUCAAGAAAGGCUUUUCGUUUCAAGGCAAGUCUUCCCAACACGACAAAAAUCGAGCUCGAAACACAAAAUCGUCGUCAUGCAUCAUCACAUAAUCAAAAAUAUCCGAACCAACUUGAAACGAGCUGGCACACACGAGAGAGCUUCAGUCAAGUUUUAGCUCUUCAGUACAGUGGAAGUGUCUCUGAAGUUUUUAUCUUCUCUCUUGUCGUGCAAAAAACGUUAAAUUCGUUGAAAAGAAAGAAGAAGCACUGUGAAUCACAAGGAAUGUCUUUGAAUACAGGGAAGGCAUGUUGUCGACUCUGUUUAGCACCCGAACACGAAUGUGUGAACAUCUUUAAAACACAAGCAGCUGACAAACAGCCAAUCCAGUCAAAAAUAAAUUCAUGUGUAAGCAAAUAA